GCCGUUCUUUUAUGAUCGAAUCAUAAAUUGUUUAAUUUGACACAACUCUAAAUUGAAGUUUUUGACAAUUGUCAAACGUAAAGGCGAAUGGCAAAUCAAAUACUCAUCUGUCAGAAGGAAGAAAAGAGGGACACAUAGAAAAACUGCAGCGCAGCAGCAGAGUCCCGACAAAAAGUAAUUUUUAAUUGUGAAAAUUUCUUGAUCAACUGUGAAAUCAAUAAUACAAAGAAUAGGCAAAGUUUGCGUUGUCAAUAAAUCAAAACGCGCGCACGACGCCCGCAUGUGACAGCAUGGAACAGCGUAUUCUUAAGCACGACGGCUACUUGGAUAUGGGCGAUGAUAGUUGCAACGAUGCUGUUUUGCCUCGCGGAGCACGACUUUUUGAAAUACGCAACAUCGUCUAUCAUCCGCAGCUUAAUGUGCUGCUUGCGUUUGGCGUCAAUAAUCUAGUGAAAGUUCUAGAUGUCAAUUCCGGCGUUACAUUGCAGACUUAUCAAUUGAGUACAAAUGCUGAGAGCUUAAUACAAGGACGUUACAUGCCAUUGCAAGAUAAAAUCUUGUUCUGGGAUGGUCACAAUCUGGGAUUGCGUGGCGACUACAACGGCGUUUUGCUCUUGGACACAAUACUGCAGGCACCGAUUGGACAGAAUGAUGAUUACAUCAAGCUGGAGCUCAUAUUGUCCGAGGCGAUCAUAUUUCAAAAUUGCAUAAAUGAACUGGAGAGUGAAGGUCUCGAGUGUCCGUGUGACAUUAGCAACGAGCUGACACUGAAGAUUAACCAGGCCCAGUUAAAUGCCAAGAAGGGCAUAAAAGCGCAACGCUGGAACACCAUUUGCCUGGAGGUGCCCUACUCCAGCCUGAAACUGGUGGCAAAUAAUGUGGUCAUAUUGCUGAAACGUUUGGAACGACACAUUCCGGUGCUGGCCAUAGCAUCAGCCAUCAAUGAGCGACUCACCGACAUGCUAAUGGGCUCCCGGUUGCCAGAUUUCGGCUGGAAAUUUAGCAAUUUUCAGCGUGUACUCAUGCACUCGGAAGCAGUGCGGCGUCAGACAUUUGAAAAGUGGCCACAUAUGGACUAUAAGUGGGCGCUGCCGGAUCAAAUGGCACAGGCAGGCUUCUAUCAUCAGCCGUCAUCGUCGGGAGAGGAUCGUGCCAUGUGCUUCACAUGCAACGUCUGCCUGGUCUGCUGGGAGAAGACCGACGAGCCUUGGAGCGAGCAUGAGCGUCACUCUCCACUUUGCCCAUUUGUCAAGGGCGAAUACACGCAGAACGUGCCACUCUCGAUCAGUUAUGCCACCAAUCCAGCAUUAACUGCACCGGGUCUAGGCUUUGAUAUCAUUUCGAACAGUGACUAUGCUAAUGUUCUUUGCACGAGCUGCACUCAAACCGGCGAGCUGAGCGUGUGGAGCAUUGAACGUCAUUUAAAGCUAAUGCACACUUUCCACGUUCCCACUCUGCUCAAAGAGGUCUUCGAGGAGAAUUUCGAAUGGGCGCGUGUUACGGCAAUCUGUGUGCUGCCCAAUGCUCGUGCCCGCACCAAAGUCAACUACGUCUACUCGGCGAACUAUAACGGCAGUGGGAAUAGCAGCAGCGCUGCUCACGCCGCCAGCAUGAACAGCAGUAGUAAAUUUGGUAGCGUUAAUGCUCAACACAUAACAUCAACAUCGACGCUGCGAGCUGGCGUUGUGGGCUCCAAGAUAGUGCUCGGCGUGAGUGUACGCCAAAGCAGCGGAGAGAUGGCACUGCGCAUGGUGGUGCUCAAUAUUGUGGAGCUGGACAGGCACAGCGACAACUCGGCCAUAAUUAGCAAUGACAGCGGCAGCGUUUCAAGCAUUGCAAGUCAACUAAAGAAGACUUCGUCUCAGCUGGGCACCACUUCUAGUGAUUCAAAUGUGGUUGCCAGUCAAGCUAGUCUGGAGUCCUCGAAGGACGACGACAACAAAAUGUUGACACCCUAUGAAAAAUUUGCCGAUGGUUUUGAUAGCAACGGUUUUGUGUCCGCAUUAAUGACAUAUAACAAGAACAACGGUAGCCAGAGCGGCAAUAAUCCCUCGGUGCUGUACGAUUUUGAUUUGUCAACGUUGUCGCAAAUAUUGGAUAGCAAUCUGGACGAUUCUUCCUCUGGUCUAAUGGUCACCUCCAAUACGGUGAAUGUAAGCAACAGUUUGCUGGGCAUGGGCAAUGAUAUGGAUAAGCUUCUAGAUCAGGCCGAGAUAUCACAUCAAAACAACAAUAACAACAAUGACACCAACUCCCUGGGCGUUGGCUCCACAAACAAUAACAACAACAACAACAGCAUCAUCAUCAAUGGUAGCAACGGAUCUAGCGAUAAAUUGACCGCAAGUGAGGAAAUUGAUUGUGUAGUGGAAAGCUGGACGAGUGUGAAACGCAUGAAUGCAUUGGAUGGCGCUCAUAGUGCAGAUGGAGUACCUUUGGAUGUGCAGGAGAUUGUCGAGAUAGCUGAAAUUCUGCCCACCAGUCCCAAGUGUAAUCAAUUGCUGGUUAAAUUGCUGCGGACCAAGGCGCCAGAAACAGAAGCCGCCAAGAUUAUAAUGGCAACAGUAUCCAAAGAGGAGGAAGAAGAGCACAAUGUGAGCAUGGAUAUGGACGAAAAUAAUGCAGAUUGCAAUGUGGCUGCACAGAUGCUACUCUUUGACUAUGAUGACAUGCAAAUCUCCAAUGACUACACACUUGCCAUGACUUUCAGCCGUGCCAAAUGCCCCAAGCAGCUGUGUAUCCUGCCACCCUAUAUAACAUCGGCUUCUUCCGAUGUAAAGGAGGCCGGCUCCAUUUGUGUGGUGUGCGCAGACGGUUCCAUUGAAAUCUACUCGCUGGCCGAUUUCCAGGUGUCUUCUGUCAUCGAGGAAGAGGGGGAACACUUUGAGGCUGUAGUUUAUUGUCGUAACCUGGACAGACUUUGCUGCUGUUCCCGACAGGGUGGCAUGUUGUUCUACUCGCUUAACGACGGUGAAAACGAUUCUGGCGAUGAAAUGCUGGAGAUGGAGGAGGACUGCAGUACCACAUUGACGCAUGGCAUGGACUUGAGCGUGACUGACGGUGUUCGCAAUGUGGCUGGAACUGAAUCGCUCAUGCCCGAUGGAACAAUAUCCAUUGAUGUGGGCAACGAAGCGGCAGCCGGCACAUCAAGUCAAGGCAUACAUGUGCAGACCUCACCAUCCACUAUUUCCCUCAUGGCCAACAAUGCCAAUCUUCUGGCGUAUAAGACUGCAGACUUGACGCUCGAAGAUCUGCGAGUUUUCUAUGCACUGACACACUUUGAUGAUAAACUGACAGUGUACUCAGCUGAAGUGCCCAGUUGCUGGAAUGAUUUGGGUCAGGCUCAGAAGCAGCGAAAGCAAUCUCAAAAUAUGCGUCAUGGAGGCGAUGAGCGUGAUUUCACACGCACUUGGCGACUGCACAACGAUGCAACCACAUGGGAUGAGCACAUUAUUGAGCUGAACUUGGCACAGCCCGUCUCGUUGGGACACAUCGAUUUGAAGUUUACUGUGUACCAGCAAUGCUCCAAUCCUGCAGCCAUACAGGUUACUCUGCUUAAGCAGAACACAAAUGGUUUUGGUUACCGCAUGAAAGGCCACGCCAGUUAUAAACCCAACGUGAUUGACGAUAACAUUGAUCUCUCCUACAUUGCCAACGAGAAUCCAGUGCUCAGUGAGGAAUAUUUGUCGGCUCACAAUGCCGAGGUGUUGGCUGGUCCCAUAGAGCUCUCCUCGUGUAUUGAUUUGUGUGAUCAAGGCGGUACAGCCACUCUCACAUCGCCGAAACUCUUCAAGACGCGUACUCGUAACUUUCUUUUGCAUAUCAAGACCGUAUCAGAUCCAUCCAAGGAAGGCCAAAACAAAACGAGAGGUUGCGAUUGGCUGCACGAGAUUUCGAUAAGUGUGCGUGCUGUUAAGUCACAUAGUCGCAUCAGUAAUGGACGCAUACAGCGUAUUGCCAUGCUGGAUAGCAAUGGACUUUUGGAACAGCUCUUUCGAAUUGCCAGCGAUGUGGAAUCGACGCCACUUACCAAAAACCUGGCUCUUGAUGUGCUUAAUUGGAUUUGCUUUAUACGCCUAAAUCGCUUUCGUUCACCCAAAUCGGAGCGCAUCAAGGAUCAGAUAAACAAGCAAACGGCAGCCAAUAUCAAUGAUCUGUUGGCCCAGCAAUUUGAAUGCAUCUGCCUAGCUGAAAAGCACAUCGAACAGUUAAUCCGCAACUGCAUCAUCUAUAGUGAGCGUAGCACGGCGCACAAGUGCGUCAAGCUAAUGAUCAUGCUGACGGAGGGCGUGGCAAAUCUUCCUGCUGAAUUGCAGAAGCAUGCUACUUUGGAUACGACCAUCAAGAUGGCAAUCACCAAUACGUUCUAUGAGCUGCCGCAAGCGCGAUGUGGCAGUGUGGUGCGCUGGUAUACAAUGCUUGCCUGUGCAACAUCCACUGCUGAGUCACACAAUAGCAUAUCUGAAUAUGCCAUCAAUUUGCUUAAAGACAUAUCCAACGAAAUUGACAAACGUUGGGAUCCACACUGUGCUCUUCUCAGCACACGAUUUGGACUCUACGGCUUUCCAUUUGAACCUGAAAUAUUUGACUUUGAUUUUCCCAAUAUCAAUCGUCAUGGAUCAAGUUCAUCCGUAGCACUCACAAAUGUAAUACGCAGCAGUGCCACUAUUUUGCCGGUGACCGGCCUUGAUAUUAAGCGUCUCAGUUCGAUAGAUGGAGUUGAUUUUCGCACAUUUCCUCAUUUAAUUCGUGGCAAGAGUAUAAGCAAUCAGUUACGUGGACUUCUGGAAGUGGUGCAGUUGCAUUUCAAUUGCGUUCAAGCGUCUGAGGCUACGCGCAUUGAUAAUAUUGAUAGCGUGGUCAAUGGAGCUGCCAGUGUGGUUAUUGAGGAUGUGAUGAUGAUGCCAAAGAUGGUUGCAGCCAAGGGAAAGGAUGAUGAAUUGCUGAGCGAUCUGGUCAACGAUGUCGAGUGUCUGGUAGAUGAGAUGAAGGACAAAGACCUUGUGACCGCUUUUAACUCCUUUGCCACGGUCAAUGGCUUUAAGGAUAAGGCUUCGGUCUCGUCCCUAACUGAUCUUGAACAUGCAUUGAAAGAGGAGGUAAAAAUCGAGAAGGAAGCGUUCAUUGAUAAGCUGAAGAUUUCAAAGUUUUUGCCACAGAUUACACUUUGGAACAGCUACAUACAAAAGAAGUUUGGUAUUAACGAAGAAAACUCAUAUGACACUUUUGGAGACCUGGACAAUUGGGAGAAGCCAGCUUUAAAGUCGUGCCUCGAUGUCCUUACUGAAGAGGCCUCACCAUCUCAGACAUCCGAGCAAUCCCAACCAACAUCGCAGACGGGCGCCAAUGAAAGUUCACAGAAUAUCGUAGAUGAUGAAAUGGAGCGAGAGAAAAUCAAAGAAAAUUUGAGUGCCAAUCCUUGCCCACCCAUUGCUUGGCAUAAGCUGCUGACGCCUCCGCCCAAGCUAAUGAUUGUUGUUGAUCGCAUGCAUUCGGGUGCCCGUCGCUUUGUUGUGCUCGAUUUUGGUCAGCACAUACUCCUAACGGAUCUGGUGAUACCUGCCUGCGAUGAGCUGACAUCUCUAAACAUUGACAUUUGGUGCUUUGACGAGGAGACUGACUGCACGCGCCUUGUUCAGGUCUCUGACAUACAGACCAAGACACUAGUCCUGAGCGAUAUGCAGCCGCCACCCAUUUGUCGCUAUUUGAAGCUAACAAUCGUUGGUCGGAAUGGUAUGUCAUCCACCAAAUCUAAGGUGCCCCUGGGCAGCUUUUUUGGACAUCCAGUUGUGCUGGAACAUGAUGGCUACGGAGAUCAGUUGGUGCGAUUUAUUAAGCAGCCCGCCCAAUCGCUGCAGGCACACCUCAAGUCCCUAAAUGCACUGUACGAGGAUGUGCAUUGUCGCUAUAGUUUGGCCAGUAGCAAAUUGAUGGAACUGCUAUCACCUAUGCGCAACAGCGAGCUAUCUAAUGUCGCUCAUCUGCAGGCAUUUAUUAACAAGCAACGUGAUGAGGAGCUUAGCUGUGGAAUGGACAACAAUAACAAGGUUGUUUCCCUAUACGACGAAUGCAUGCUCUUGCAAUACCAAAUCAAUGUUAUACGAAAUGUGGUGCUGCGUCUGGAGCGUGCAUUAUCACCAAAAUCCCAUCGCACGCCUUCGCCACCGAGUCCUGGGCUUAUCGAAAAGUCACUGCGCAGCGCAUCGCGGGAUAAGUUGCGUGUGCUUAGCCUUAGUUUAGUUGAGGUGCUGUUACAUUUUUCCAUUGAGUAUGGUAUUAAGAAUAUACUGCCGGUGCAUCAACGCUUCAAUGUGGUUACGGCUAAGGCGCUGUUCAACUCUCUAGUUGUAUAUGGCGACGCACAGUUGCAGUUGGCGACAUGUUCCUUAUUGGUUCGCAUGUGUUGCUUUCAGCCUUGGUGGGGCGAUUUUCUGGCCGACACAUUCUGUAGCUUGUUCUCGGCUCAAAAUUGUAAGGCAUUUCCACAAGAUCGCAUAUUCUUUUUGCUCACAUAUUUGGGACGUCGCAGCAUUGCUAUGGGUGCUUGUCGCUCUAUUGUCAUUGAUGCCGUGCUCAAGACACUUGUGAAGUUGUUGGCGCCCAUUUCCCCGCACUACAAAUUCCAGUCGGAACAGCCGAGCACAUCGGCUAGCGCAGCUGAACGCAGUGCUGCCAUGGGAAGCACUUCCGAUCUGCAGCUUAUUACUUGGUUGCUAUUGUUCCUUUCUGUUUGUCUGGAUGACAAUAAUGAUCGCAAGGAUAAAUCUGCAGCGCGUUGGGACUUCAUGAGCUGUGAAAGCGACUUUACAAAGACCAGGCCCAAUAACACGCCCAAUAGUAAACAGCUUCGUUGCUUCAAAAAACGAAUAAUUCAACAGAACAAAUACUCUGUCCAGCCCUACACGGAUUGGGGCAAGAAAAUCUACAUGAUUCAAAACGAGCAUCCUGGCAUAUUCAUGGAGUUGUCAACUAAAUCAAAGGCUAGCGGUACGAGCAAAGCAACGUCAACCAGUGGAAAAAUCAAUAUGGUAGCGAAUACCAUGUGUACGCCAAGCGUUGGCUCUACUGGCAGCUCAGUUAAAGCCACAAGCACAUCCACAACAUCGCCUAAGCAUCUGGAUGGCUUAGGUGCUAGUGCUGAUGGAGACAGUAACUUUGACAAGGGUUUGAAGGCGUUGAGCAUGGCCAACAUCAAGGUGGUCAUACGAGGAUUGUUCGCUCUACUCCUGGAAAUGGAUUUUGAUUGCAAUAUGGACCAGUUUCUACUAACGUGCAAGGUUAUAGCGCGGCUUGUAGCUGCAUGCCGACCGUCGGUUAGAUUGUGCAAAAUUGUAACGACAGCUCAACUCGAGCAACUCAUACGUCUGGCCGUGUGGAACGAUCAGCAGCAGCCCUGGGCGGUGCAUGCAAUUACUUGUCUAUUGCAGGACUUGUUGGAUGCGGACAAACAAUACAGGGAUAAUGAUGCCACACCCACCAAUGAUGGAGCCCGUUCCAUGGUCACGACAGCUGUGCAGGAGACGCGCGAUCUUUUCAGUGAUUAUUCUUCAACCUCCUCAACAUCUGCCGCACAGGCUGUGUUAUAUAUGCCGACAGCAAGUGAAUUUUAUCAGGAGGCUGUGAAAUAUAAUUACCUACCCUCGUUGAUCGAGUGUGAGGAUACCGAAUUCGACGAGAUGCUUAACGACAUCGAUAUGAUCGAGCGCACCAAGCCAAUUACAAAGAAGGAAAGUAAUGCCCUUUGCAAAAAUACUUUCAACUUCUUUUGUAAGUCCAUAUCCAUUGCGAUGGAUUCUCGUCUGGAUGCUGGCUUGGAACUGCAUGUGGAAGCUCAGUUACGUCGCCUGACCAAUCGUACAUCGCUGGAUUUAUACUCAUCGUUGCCGCAGGUGCUGACCAAUGAGUUUGUGUCUGCACCCCCAGAAGCUGCACACUGGCCAGAGUAUCUGACACAGUUGUGGUCUGGUCCAGAUUACAGUGGUCGCAAUACAUACAUAAUGCUUAAGAACGUUUUCGAUUCUAUACUGGCUGAUCUACACUACGAGGACACGUGGGUGCAUCUGGAGCAGGUGUUGCAGAUGUGGCUAACACUGAACUGUGAGCUUGCCGAUAAACCAUACACAUCUGGAAUCACACAAACGGAUAUACCCAAGAUUCCAUUUGGUGCCAAUGCUGUGCAAGGUCUUCUGCUAGCUUUAGCUUGGCACAAUGACAUUAAGCUGCGCACUUGGUGCUUGGGCUUUCAGUGUCUGUUUCUCGCUUGCAACUCGUUGCCCAUUGGCGACGAUGUCACCGACUGCACGCGCAUUAAUGAGGUCAUUGUAAAUGAUGAAAACUUUGAAAAGAUGCUGCUGCGCUUCUUCUCCGGCUACGGCAUGAGUUCAUCUAUCAUAACAAAUCGAUGUGCUGGACCCACCAUCUGCAAGCAUCUACACGAGCUCAUGCUUUGGCUUCAUAGCAAGAGCGAGAGUAGCGGCGGUCUCAUUCCGUGCAAGCGUCGGCUAAAGGACAUUCUUUUACAUGUUGUAUUGCAAUUGGUACAGCCUGGUGGCGCCAUUAGCAAUCAGCAGGGUCCAAUCGAUGCUCAGAAUCAGUUGGUACGCGAUCUGCUUUUAAUGCCUAACGAUAAGGGUGAUCUGAACAUUGCGCUUAAGAUUAUCGAGAGUGUUUCUUUUCUAGUCUUCAACAACAUUUCCAAUGGCGAGAAGCUGCAAUGCCAGCGCGGUAAUGAGAACAGCAAUGCUGGCAACAACUUUAGCAAUUUGUUUGCCAAUGUCUUGGGUUCCGAGAAUCCAACCAAACAGAAUGCCAACAUAUGUGACAAUUCGUUGAUUAUAAAUUUACUUAAAUUGUCCUCACACAUGGUUCUCACCGAGAUGCCCAGGCAACCCAGCGAGGUAACAAUACCCGAGGAGGAGGAGCUGUCUAAUCAAAGCCAAACGGAUGAAACCAAAGCUGAACAACUUAACACAGAUGGACACCGCAGCAAGGUUCCCUGCAUUGCCGAUUGGGUGCUGCGACAUUUUCCCACAAUGAAACGUCUAUUUGGAGCACUCUCUCAAUGCUCUACAAACACGUUUACUAUGAUGUCCUCGAGCUGUUUCUUUUCGCUGAAAACUAACAUGGUACUGGACGAGCCACAGACCAUUGCAGAUGCCGUUUUCAGUUUGAUGAUCACUUUAAGUGAGAGGGCAUCUAAUCCACGCCUGGUUGUCGCGCCCAUUUGCCAAUAUCUUGAAGAGACUACCAUACAACGUAAUGCCACUUUGCCGCGUCUUCAAUUAUCGGAACCAUUUCUCUGGUACAUUUCGAAGGUGUUAGAAGUUACAGCGGCUGUGCAGAUAUUUACUCAAUUGGGUGGCAUACAAAUAAUCUGCCACAACUUGGUGCGACUCAACAAGACGAUUAUUAACAUGCAGCCGGGAUUGAUAUCGAUGAUCAUGCAACAUAUGACGCGUAACACGCGCCUCAAACUCAAUAGUCAUGUAAGCAAUGCUAAUGCCUGUAAGAAGACAACAACUGGCACAGGACCACCAGGUACAACAACAGCUGCGCAACCAUCAAGAAACAGCAGUGCUCAGUAUGAUGGACUGAUCAAUUUUGCACCAUUCUCGCACAUUGUAUCGGAGAACGAUGCGGCACAAAGUGCCGAGAUGCUAAUAUCAAAUCCUAAUGCCACACACAGACGACCACGAUCGCCAGCAUGGAGUUAUAUGUUCUAUCCAAAUGAGACACACGUUGAUUUAACCAUUACGUUGCCCACUGCAAUUUUGCUCAAGGAGGUGCAACUCGUGCCGCAUACCUCAAGUCUAGCGUCCUGCCCCUCAGCCGUAGCAUUGGAAUUGUCUAGAGAUUAUGGUGUUGGCUCUAUUCCUGUUGGCGCUCCGAUGGCCACAACAGGCCUCACCUGCAUACGUCUGAAGUUGGCCAAAGCGGAGGUGGCCACAAGUAUUGUGCUGAGGCUUUACAAACCCAAAGACUGCGGGAAUGUUGGACUAGUGCAGAUUGCCGUGCUGGGUCAGACAAUCUUUGGGAAUCGCAUGCAGGGAUUACGUGGGCAAGGAGCUUUUGGUGAUUCAUUUAUCGCCUGCUCUACACCAUUGCCCACGGCUGCGCUGUCAGCCAUGGAUGUCGAUGCAAUGCCGGAGGAUGAUGCAUUUGCCAAGACAAGCAUUGGCUGGGUGCGCAUACUCUCUCGAUGCUUUCAUGUGGCUGCUUUGCAACCGGAUAGCAAGCUAUCUGAUUUAAUUGCCUCGUAUCCGGCUGAAUAUCCCGGAUUUUUGGAGGCCUGUUGCUCCCUGCUAAAUAUUAUGCCCAUGAUACCUAGUCUGGCACAACAGCAUCUUGAGACGAUACUUAUAAAGCUGGGUGCAUACAAUCAUGAGCUCAGUUUGCAAUUGUUGCGCACUCUGCUUUGGCAUACCACACCACAGGUGUUUAAGCUUUCCAGCGAUGCGGUCUGCGAUCUCAUUUACCAAGUUGUUACCGGCUCCACGGAGCACAUGCUGGACAAACUGCGUGUUCUGCUGGACUGGAUCAUGCAACUGCAUGACAAUUAUAGCAAACAGGCGCGCUGUAACAAUCCGCAAAGCGGAUUUGUUAAAGUGAUUGCCUCCAUUUUGUGGCAAGUUCAGUUGCAACAACAGGUGCCCGAUCUGUCGCACCUUAUUACGCCGGCAUUGUUCGAGACUUGUUAUCAGUGGAUCGCCGAGCUGGAGCACGAUGAGCCACUGAAGAGCAGUUUCGAUGCGUUACUCUGUGCUCUGUGUUAUAUCAAAUCCGAGCUCUUUAAUCAGUUGCUGAUGAAGUUGGGUGUGAAAUUGGAACAACAGACGCGUGGUAAAACAGAUGAUAGCAAAGUUCAAAGCGGCAGCGCUUGGUUCCGUCGCGAGGGCAGUGACAAUCUUACACAGCUGCUUCAGCAUCCGGCGUUCCUAAAGACACUAGCUUUGGCUUGCCAGUCGCCGGUGGCCGUUUACCAGAUGCUAGACUCAGGUCUGCCCAAACUACUUGCACAUGCCAUCUUCGAGUACUGCACAUAUAUGUUGCCCACCACGGAGGGACCAGCUGUGGAUACAGCGGCGACAGCCAGUUGCAGCAGUCAAGCAGCGGCUGCCGGAGACUCCUUGCUAACGGACUUUGAUAAGGCGGAAGCGAGUACUGGAAGUGGCAGUUUGCCGCUUCUGAGUUGCGCAAAUGUGCCCAAGGUCUUGGACUUCUUCUCGGAAUGCUGUGCCGAGGGUCCCAUGCGUGAUUGGCUGGGUACGAUGCAGGGCUCGAUGUUUUGGAAGCCACUUUUGCAGCUGCUGUGCAACACACACUUGGCACAGUUCAGCAAAACUUUACCCAUGCAACAGUCUUUUAUUCGUCUGGAACGGGCUACAAUUAAUUUCUUUACCCGUGUAAGCGCAUGCCAUCCAGCCAACCAGGAAGUGCUCACCUCGCUGCUCAUUGGUGCCAUUAUUUGUAAACCUCUGCGAUCAGCCGCUGGUAAUCGACCCACCAUAUCCGGCUUUACAAGGCAACUGGUGCUCCAGUUGUUACUGGAGAACGAGCACAUUACGGUCUCUGUACGCAGCCAGCAGCCAUUGCAACGUCGGGAUACCUUGUCUGCCAUCAUGGGUGGAACUUGUGUUGGAGGUGCCAGCAAUAGUUUGCCCGUCGCCUCAGUUAAUCAUCAUCCGGCAAGACGAAGCAGCGCCCAUCAAAUGCUCUUUAAUGUCACCACAAACACAACCUGUCAGGAGAUCAUGCAGAACUGUGUCAGCGUGUAUAGUAACUUAGUGUAUCAACAACCAACAGAUCAACGUACUGGCGAUGCCUCAGGCAGUGUUCCGGCUGCAGCGAAGACAAGCGACUGCAAGCUGGAUAAAUCGUGCUUCAUUAACUUUAACAAUAUGGAAGCUGGUAGCAUGGAGUUUCUAACCGUUGGCGCUGCGGUGGCGGCCAAGGAUAAACGCAUCAAGGAUGCAAAAAAUCAGGCAGCCAUGAAUAAGGACAAGGAGACGCAGACAACGGCAUCGCAACUACUGCCCAUCAAUACUUUCAAUAUUGAGGAAUUUCUAUUGCAAGCAGCGCAUGCUGGCAAUGGCAGUCAAUUGAUUAUAGCAGAGUAUCCGGAUAUACUGCUGUCAGGAGAUGCCACCAUCUCACAGGUGUUGGCCACGCUGCAGGAUGCGGGACACUCGCUGUCUGCGCCCUGUCUAACACUGAACCUGGUGCCGCAGUGCGCGGUGGGUGAUGAAGCAGCCGAGUCUAAAAAAGUUAAGGCUGCUUGUACAGAGCCGCUGCCAUCGCCAUUGCAGCGAUUCUCUAGCAGUGGAGGACUAUCGCUGUUAGCUCACUAUUUGCCAACUGUGUAUCCUGAACACAUGGGCCGCAAGGCCACUGCAGUUGCAACCGAGAAGGAAAAGAGUCCACCACUGUCUGAUUGGGUAAAGCUAGAGCCAAAUGAUGAGAUUUAUGAAGAUCUGGAGGAUACAAUUUGUGAGCCGGCGUCCAAACAGGUUACUGUUAGCUCUGUGCCCCAGCACUCGUUGGCCGCUUUUGGUCUGUUCCUACGCUUGCCUGCCUAUUCGGAUGUGCUGCUUAGGGAUAAACAGCGUGCCCAGUGUCUUCUGCGCCUGGUUCUAGGUGUUACCGGAGAUGGUGAUGGCAAUGACAUCUACAGCCUAUCACUGGCCCCUUCGUUGCCCACGUUGCCCUUCGAGGUAUUCCGCCAACUGCUUGACAGUGUAUCGUUAUCCACUGAUGACGGCGUCCUUCUACGCCGUGUCGUUAUUGAAGUCGGAGCCAUGCACCUUGUGCUCAAUUGUCUGGGAAUCUUUUCACAUCAGUCACAUAACAGCCAAAUUGGUCCAAUAUUCAAUGAGCCCACUUUUAGUGGUAACAGCAGCAGUACAAUCAAUGGCAAUGGAAGUGGCAAUGCCAAUGCCAAUGGCAAUGGCAAUGGAAAUGGAAACGGAAAUAGCGCAGGCACCAAGAUCAAUUCAGCUGAAGAACCUUUGCCAAGUGCAACCACGUCGGAUGAUAAGAGCCACAUCUACUGGGCAAAGGGCACUGGCUUUGGCACUGGUUCCACAACACAAUCUUGGAACGUUGAGCAAGCGCUUUUGCGCCAAAAGAGUGAGGAGGAGCAUGUGACGGUUUUGCUGCUAGUAUUAUCCAGUUAUAUCAAUCCUGGAGAUUGCAUACCCAGCGAUAUGCGCGGAGAGGAUAUACUUGCCUUUCAUGAUGUGCGUGAUGUGACUGGUGAACUACCGCCCAUUUUCCAGACGCUGUUGCAGCAAUCGUGUCUCAUACCAGCACUUAGCUCUUACCUGCGUAACGAUUCAGUUUUAGACAUUACACGUCACAUUCCUCUCUAUCGUGCCAUUCUAAAGCUGCUGCGUGCGCUGUCGCUGUCCAAGAACUUGGUAUCGUUGCUGCAACCGACAUCGAGUGCCAACGGGGAGUGUACACCACCAAUUGCAGAGCUGCUAAAGAGCAUGAAGACCUGCGUUGACACCUAUGCCAAACGACUCAAAGUCAACAAGAAGUCGAACAUUAAAGGACAGACCCAUCAGUUGACAUUCAAUAUAGAUGACGGCGAUGACGAAGGUCUAGCGCUGCUCAUACCGGAUAUACAUGAGACCUGUGUUCUGGUGCAGAAGACCACCGACGCAGAUGCUCUGAUAAAUAUGCUGCAUACGCAUGAUGAUGGUAUGGGUUCAUUGGAGCGUCCGCUGACCAAAUCAGUCGAACAACGCUAUCUGGAGUUAAUGAAAAAGCGUCAGUUUGAUACAUACGAUAUGAUUGUGGAAUCGGAUAACAACAGCUUUCGUUUUGUGGUCUCACAUCAUUUUGAAAAAAUGGUGCGUUUGGCUGGCGAUCGCUACCAUCCAUCGCGGGUCAAGCGGUUGGCACAGGAAGCAGUCACGCUCUCCACCAGCUUGCCGCUGAGUUUUAGUAGCUCUGUUUUUGUGCGCUGUGAUACGGACAGAUUGGACAUAAUGAAGGUGCUCAUCACUGGCCCGGCGGAUACGCCAUACGCCAAUGGUUGCUUCGAGUUUGAUGUCUUCUUUCCACCCGAUUAUCCCAAUUUGCCGAUGCUUAUUAAUUUGGAGACAACUGGUCGCCAUUCGGUUCGCUUUAACCCCAACCUUUACAAUGAUGGUAAAGUGUGUCUGUCCGUGCUUAACACUUGGCAUGGUAGACCCGAAGAGAAGUGGAAUGCACAGACGUCCAGUUUUCUGCAGGUUCUCGUCUCCAUACAGUCCUUGAUAUUGGUGCCCGAGCCGUACUUUAAUGAACCAGGCUUUGAGCGCAGUCGUGGCACACCCAGCGGCACUAACUCAUCUCGCGAGUACAACAGCAACAUUUAUCAGGCGUGUGUGCGUUGGGCAAUGCUGGAGCAGAUACGCAAUCCCAAUCCUGUCUUUACAGAUGUCAUACAUAAACACUUUUGGCUGAAGCGUGAGGAGAUUUGCACACAAAUUGAGGGGUGGAUUGAGGAACUGAGUAAGCCACAGUAUACAGAGCGGGCUAGUCGAACUAUUUCCUUUAACUCGAUGGUGUUGCGUCGACACUAUCGGCAUCUGCGAGAGGAGCUGGCAAAGCUGAAGCCCCCUCGUGGCCUAGAGGACUUAGACGCACCCUUCAAUCCAGUGGCUACUCUGCCGCCCAUGGAUGUGUCCACAACAGCGGCAUCCACGGCAACCACAAAUGCACAGGUGGGCACAGAUGACACAUUAGUGCCGGAGCUGAAUUUGAUGGUCGAUAAUGGUGAUAGCGAUUUGCCUCUGUCAGCGGAAUUCUAUAAGGAUAUGGAGAAGUCUGCAGCGUUGCUGGCUGGCGAAGAGGAUGUGGUGGAAAUUCUGAGUGAUACGGAGAAUGAGAGCAGCGUGUGGCAGGAAAAGGAGGACGAUACACCAUAAAUUGCUCUUUGAUGCCGCUUUCACGCACUAGACAGUUUUAUUUAUCUUUAUAAGUUUUGUUUUAUGCUCAUUUGUUUUGUUUAAUUUUUGUAAGAGAGACUGCAACUGCAACAGAACUUGGUGUGCUUUACAUAAAGAAAACGUAAUAUUUAAUGUUAUCGAUAACAAAAAAAAAGAUCCUUUUGAAAAAUGAGUUAAAUAAUAUAUAAAUAUAUAUGAAAUACAUAUUAAUCAAAAUCAAAAAUAUACACUCUUACAUCAAUGCGUGUUGAAAAGCCAACUUUUCACCAAAGAAACGCUCCCGACUCUUAUAGAAAUCUUUUAUUGUAUCGCAAUUUUUAUAAAGGCUUCAUCGAAUGGAUCUAUCAGUAUAAUAAAAUUAACCAUAUGUGUAUAGCA